CCCAAGAUGGCGGCGCCCUUGGCGCUGCAGCUGCAGGAGCUGCUGGACCCCCGGCCCGCCCCGCGGGACCCCGAGGAUGAUGCGGAGGAAGCUACAGUUGCUAAAGUGAUUGACAGGUUUGAGGAUGAGGGCACGGAUGACAUUUUGCCUGUUGGCAAUAUCAGGAAGAGAGCCUCAGCCUCUCUCCUGGAGGCUGAUAAGAGGUACAGUGGGAAGGCCACGUCUCGGAAGGCUCUGCAGGAGGAGCUCUGGGGAGAUGCUCUGUCUGAAGAAGCAUCUGCUGAAGAAGCACUGGAUGACUGGUACAGUGCCAGUGAAGGCUCAGAAGAGGAGGACAGUGCUGGCACCAAGGGCAGGGAGAAGCCCAGCAGUGCUGGCAGUGAGCAGGAGGAGGACCUGCAGGAUGAGGAAGAGGAUGAUGAAGAGGCCAAAGCACCCAAGUUCAGCUCCCAGAACAUCACAGACUUUGAGAAGUUUACAGAGGGCAUGGACGAUGUGGGGAGCAGUGAAGGGGAGGAUGAAGACGAGGAUGAGGAUGAAGAUGAUGCUGACAUGGAAGAUGGAAACGAGGAGGAGGUGGAAGAGGAGGAGGAAUUUGGGAGUGAGAACGACGAUGAUGGAAAAGAAGCCAAAGACAGUGAAGACGAUGGGGGAGUGCUGACCUUCUCCAGAGGACAGGAGUCUGAGGAAGUGGAGAAGGGCAAAGCUGUGAGGAACCAGCUAGCCCUGUGGGAUCAGCUGAUGGAGGGGAGGAUCAAGAUGCAGAAGGUGCUCCUGACAGCCAACAGGCUGCCCCAGCCAGACACCUACCCCAGGUUCAGGAAGGAGGGGGGACAGGACUUUGACCACGCUGUGGAGAACUGUUGUAAAGCCCUGGAGGCCUUGCUGAAAGUGCUGGUGGAGCUUCAGGAUGAGCUGCUUUAUCAGUACCCAGGCACGAGGCACCUGGUGGAUGGAAAGCAAGCAAAAGCUGAGAGUGAGGAUGAAAUCCUGAGCAGCAGCGAUGAGGAGCCAGUGGAGAAGGCUCAGGAGAAGAGGAGGAGGCUCCCCAAGAGGAAGCUGAAGUUUGAGGAGUAUCCUGAGUUCAUAGCCAAGCGCUACAGGGACUUCAGGAGCUACAGGAACAGUACCCUGCAGAAGUGGCACGACAAGACCAAGCUGGCAACUGGCAAAAUGGGCAAGGGGUUUGGAGCCCUGGAGCGCUCGGUGCUGGCGCAGAUCGAGCACGUGCUGCUGGACAGGGAGCGCCUGCUGCGGCGCACGCAGACCCGCCGCUCGCUGUACACCGUGCUGGGCAGGCAGGAGCCCCCGCCCGCCCCAGCCCCUCAGCCCGGGCCUGACAGCGAGGAAGUCCUCCCUGCCUCAGACUCCAACAGGCACCUGAAGGACAUUGAUGAGGAGAUAUUUGAUGAUGAUGACUUUUAUCACCAGCUCCUGCGAGAGCUGAUCGAGCGCAAAACCACAGCCCUGGACCCCAACGACCAGGUGGCCAUGGGCAGGCAGUGGCUGGCCAUCCAGAAGUUACGGAGCAAAAUAAAGAAGAAAGUGGACAGGAAAGCCAGCAAAGGGAGGAGAAUCCGGUUCCACGUCCACAGCAAGCUGGUGAGCUUCAUGGCACCUAUUGACCCCUGCACAAUGAAUGAUGAUGCCAGGACGGAGCUGUACCGGUCUCUGUUUGGAAAAGUCACAAAGGGAGAAGAAGCAGAGCAGAAUUAGAGCUGGAUGGAGCUCCUGGUGUCACAAAGGAGAAGAAGCAGAGCAGAAUUAGGGGCUGGAUUGAGCCCCUGUGUUCUCCCGCCCUCAGCUGCUCCCUCAGGCUGCCCAGGAGCAGAAUCUCUGUGGUCAGAACGACCCCAAGAUGCCUUAGAAAGUCUCUUUUCCCAGCCUGGCAGUCAAAGGAGGAGUCAGAAUUCUUCUGUUCUGGUUUUUAAGGUUGUUUAUUUUCUGUUAUCUAUAAAAUUCUUUCCCUGGCUGCUGAGGUCUGUCCAGCAGGUCAGACAGAGGCACAUUGACUGCCCUCAGAGGCAGUGUUGUCUUUUAUACUAAAAACUGUGUGUAUUUUAUUUACAAUAAUUUUCCAAUAACAUUAUUUACAGUAAUUUCCCAAUACCUAUCACCUGUGUUAGACAGUGUGUUCCUACCUUAAACCAAUCCAAAAGUGCCACCAUCACCCAGAACAUGGAGGCCAGGAAGAAGGAGCAAGAAGGACAAAACACACCCAAAUUCCUCCAUCUUGGGACUCAGAGCCCCCAUUCUAAAAACCCCAAAAUUCUAUUUUUUUAGUAGAAUUAAUAGUUAGUGACAACUAAUUAUUAUUCUGCUUAAACUCUCCUGACUUGUACAGAGCUGGUGAUUUGCUCCAUGGGUCAGAAUCAAAGGCAGAGGGGUCCUGGGCAGCCCAGGAGCAGAGCCAGCUCUCUGCAUUCUCUGCUGUGUCCCUAGAACCCCUCUGAAGGAGGUUUUCCCUUCCCUUUCUGGCUGUGGUGUUAAAGGGGAACAGAAGCACUCUCCCAGUGAUAACUUCUCGGUGUUGUUGGAGCAGAUAAGAGCGCGAGCGGCGCUGAGCAGCGCUUUGGAAUUCACUUAUCAGCGUUCCAGCAGCCUCUGCCAUCCCUGCCCUGCCUCCACCUGGGCUGGGGACACGGGGACAGC